UAUAAACUUGUAAAGUAUCUAGAUUACUAUAUUACUAUAUGCCUCAUACACUCAGAAAGAAAGAGAAAGAGAGCUGCAAAAAAAAGUAAAUUAAGCUCAGAUAGUAAAGUUCUCUGAGAUGGGAAAGUGGCUGGUUUUGGUGGUGAUGCUGCUGCUUGUGGUGGUGUCUUUGACAUUAUCAAUGGAAGCAGCAGGGGUCACAUACGAUGGAAGAUCUCUUCUCAUUGAAAACCAGAGGAAAAUCCUCUUCUCUGGUUCAAUUCACUAUCCUCGCAGCACUCCUCAGAUGUGGCCAGCAUUGAUAGAGAAAGCAAAAGAAGGAGGACUAAACGUGAUUCAGACAUAUGUGUUUUGGAGUCUACAUGAGCCCCAACCCGGACAGUAUGAUUUCAGCGGUAGAUAUGACUUGGUGAAAUUCAUCAAGGAAAUUCAAGCUCAGGGCUUGUAUGUAUGUCUCAGGAUAGGACCUUAUAUCGAAAGUGAAUGGACAUAUGGGGGAUUCCCAUUUUGGUUACAUGAUGUCCCUGGUAUUGUCUACCGAACGAACAACGAACCAUUCAAGCUCUACAUGCAAAAGUUUACUGCGAAAAUAGUGAGCAUGAUGAAAUCAGAGGGUUUAUAUGCUUCUCAAGGAGGUCCAAUUAUAUUGUCACAGAUUGAGAAUGAAUAUCAAAAUAUUCAAAAAUCAUUUGGAGAAGAAGGAUCACAGUAUGUUGACUGGGCUGCCAAAAUGGCGGUGGGUCUGCAGACUGGAGUGCCAUGGGUUAUGUGCAAGCAAACUGAUGCUCCUGAUCCAGUGAUCAAUACAUGCAAUGGAAUGAAAUGUGGAGAAACUUUUACAGGACCAAACUCCCCUGAUAAGCCAGCAUUGUGGACAGAGAAUUGGACUUCUUUCUAUCAAGUAUACGGUGGUGAGCCAUAUAUAAGGUCUGCUGAAGACAUUGCAUUCCAUGUCACUCUUUUUAUUGCAAGAAAAAAUGGAAGCUACGUCAACUAUUAUAUGUAUCAUGGUGGAACUAACUUUGGGAGGACAAGUUCUGCUUAUGUUAUAACAUCCUAUUAUGACCAAGCUCCACUAGAUGAAUAUGGUUUGUUAAGGCAACCCAAGUGGGGACAUCUUAAGGAGCUUCAUUCUGCAAUCAAGUCUUGUUCUGCCACUUUGUUGCAAGGAAUGCAGAGGAAUUUCUCUUUAGGUCCAUUUCAGGAGGGUUAUGUUUUUGAAGAAGAAGGAGGAGGAGAAUGUGCUGCUUUUCUUGUAAACGAUGAUAAUGUGAAUGUGUUUACUGUCCAAUUUCGCAACAGAUCAUACCAAUUGCCACCAAAGUCAAUAAGUAUCUUACCAGAUUGCCAAAAUGUGACCUUCAAUACAGCAACUGUAAAUACAAAGAACAAUAGAAGAGUCAUAAAUCCAGUACAAGCUUUCAGCUCAGCUGACGAAUGGGAGCAAUUUCUAGAUGAGAUUCCUAACUUUGAUGAAACAUUGUUAAUAUCAAACUCAUUACUUGAGCAUAUGAACUUAACCAAAGACAAAACGGAUUACCUUUGGUAUACUAUUAGGUUUGAACAUGAUUUACCUUGCACUGAAUCAGUACUUCAUGUUCAGUCUGCUGCUCAUGUUGUCCAUGCUUUUGCGGAUGGCACAUACAUAGGAGGGGCACAUGGAAGUCAUGAUGUGAAGUCAUUCACCUUACAGGUCCCAGUUACACUCAAUGAAGGGACAACCAAUAUCUCUAUACUCAGCGUUAUGGUUGGACUCCCGGAUUCAGGUGCGUUUCUAGAAAGAAGAUUUGCUGGUUUAACCACAGUGGAAAUUCAGUGCAGGGAAGAGUCCUAUGACUUGACUAAUUCUACUUGGGGAUAUCAGGUUGGACUAGUCGGAGAGCAACUAGAUAUAUAUCAAGAAGCAAAUAGCAGUUCAACCCAAUGGUCUCAAUUAGGGAACAUUACCAAUCAGAGGCUAAUUUGGUACAAGAGUGUGUUUGAUUCACCCGAUGGGAAUGACCCUUUAACCUUGAACCUUGAGACGAUGGGAAAAGGGGAGGCUUGGGUGAAUGGAGAAAGCAUUGGUCGCUAUUGGAUCUCCUUCCAUGAUUCCAAAGACCAGCCUUCACAAACACUGUAUCAUGUUCCAAGGUCGUUCCUUAAAGACAGUGGAAACGUUUUGGUUUUGUUUGAAGAGGAGGGUGGGAAUCCUCUUGACAUCUCCCUCAACACUGUUUCAACCACAAAUUCAGAAGAUAAUCUCUCUAAAUAAUCAUUCUCCAUCACUACUUACAGACUACUUACAAGAAAAACAUACUCAGGGAACUUCAGAAUCAUUUUCCUUUUUGGAUUUGCCUUGCCAAAUCAUAGUAAACCAACUGCUACAAAAAUGAGUCUAAUAAUUUAUUCUCCAGAGUGAUUGGGUUUGAUUUUUUGUAAUCCAAAUACUCUUUGGAGUUUGUUAGCAUGGAAAGAAUGAAAGAGCAAUGGAAUAAUUUUACUUUCUUGAAAAAACAA